AACGUGUGCGUUGCCAAAAAACACUCGAGUGACACAGGACAGACAACUCUCAAUCUGACCAGAUAUUCAUUCACCCUAUCAGGAUUCAGAAAGAAGAAGAAGAAGAAGAUGGAGAUAACCCUGAACAGUGGCUACAAGAUGCCGAUCGUCGGCUUAGGAGUGUGGAGAAUGGAGAAGGAAGGGAUUCGAGACCUCAUCAUCAACUCCAUCAAGAUCGGCUACCGCCACCUCGACUGUGCUGCUGAUUAUAGGAACGAAGCUGAAGUUGGUGAGGCUCUGUCAGAAGCAUUCAAGACUGGUUUAGUCAAGAGAGAGGAUCUCUUCGUUACAACCAAGCUAUGGAAUUCAGACCAUGGACAUGUAAUUGAAGCUUGCAAGGACAGUCUGAAGAAACUUCAACUUGAUUAUCUCGACCUUUACCUCGUUCAUUUCCCCGUUGCAACUAGGCACACUGGUGUUGGAACCACCGACAGUGCUUUGGGCGAUGAUGGAGUAUUGGACAUAGAUACUACCAUCUCUCUUGAAACUACAUGGCAUGACAUGGAAAAGCUUGUUUCUAUGGGUCUCGUCCGCAGCAUUGGGAUCAGUAACUAUGACGUGUUUCUAACGAGGGAUUGCUUGGCUUAUUCCAAGAUAAAGCCAGCGGUGAAUCAGAUUGAGACGCAUCCUUACUUCCAACGCGACUCUCUUGUAAAAUUCUGCCAGAAGCAUGGUAUUUGUGUCACAGCUCAUACUCCUCUCGGAGGUGCCACGGCCAAUGCAGAGUGGUUUGGUACCGUCUCAUGUCUCGAUGACCCAGCUCUCAAAGAAGUGGCGGAGAAGUACAAAAAGACAGUGGCACAGGUGGUGCUGAGGUGGGGAAUACAGAGGAACACAGUGGUGAUACCAAAGACAUCCAAGGCUGAGAGGUUGGAAGAGAAUUUCAAGGUUUUCGACUUCGAACUGACGAAAGAGGACAUGGAGGUGAUCAAGAGCAUGGACAGGAAGUACCGUACGAACCAACCGGCCAAGUUUUGGGGGAUUGAUCUCUACGCUUGAAUGAAUUGAUCACCGCGGCUCUUGUCUCUAUAUGAAUAAGAGAAGAAGCUAAGGCGUUUAGCUUCUUCACCUGUGGGACAUUCUCAAUGGUUGUAAACCUAUUUUAUUUAAAAUUCGUAUGUUGAACAUGUUAUAGUUUUUAAUAUUACUCACAUUUGAUGCAUAAGAAGAAAAAAUAAAGUGGCAGUUUAGCAGCAGAA